AUGCAGACCUCUCCGAAACGGCCUAGAUUGAGUUUAGACAUAGGAUGCCACAAUGUUGAUGCUCGUACUAUGGGAUUGUUGCCUCCCCAACCUCACAAGCCGAGCCCAAAGAAGAGAGGCCGAUCCAGUGGUAGCAACACGCUUCCAUAUGGCAUGGCUGGUACUGGGAAACAGAAGGGUAUCAAAUCGGCAGCAAAUAAAAAGAAGCAAGGUGCUCGGAAGAACCUGAUAUCUCAGCUGGAAGAUGCACCAGCCUCCACAUUGAGCGCCACCAUUUCCAGAACACAAAGCCUCUCCAACUCAGAUCGAGCUCCAGAACUGGCAAACCCUCAAGAAAAUGGAGACUUGGAGUCUCGAAACAAGAGAGCUGUCAAGGUUCUCUACGACGCCUUCAUCUCCAAAGACGUUGACGUCGUUCACCUCCUUCUCGCGCCCUACCUAGAGUGGUGGUUCCACGGCCCCCGAACUCACCAGCAUUUGAACCGCCUCCUCACCGGUGCACCGCCCUACGACUCGUCGUUCAAAUUCGUUCCACUGACGAGUGCUGCAUUUAAAUCAAUGGUGGUGGCUGAGGGAUACGACGAGGUUCAUUCCGUGUCGUGGGUGCAUGCGUGGACCGUCACUGAUGGGAUAAUUACCCACGUGAGGGAGUACUACAAUACCUCGGUCACUAUUACCAAGUUAUCGUCACCGAAAACUACAUCACAGUCAGGUAGUUGCCAGAGUGUUUGGGAGAGUAAGCUCUCUGAUAAUAAGUCUGUACCUGGCCUCGUAUUAGCCCUAUAGCUGGUGGUUAAUGCUGGCUAUUUCUAAUAAAAUGAACUCGAUCUUCUGAUAAUUAACCUCCAAAUCAUGAUCUAAAUUAAGUUUGGCUUUCCAUGGUGAAUGAG